AUUAAUUUACCCAAAACAAAAAGUGUGUGGUAUGAAACACCCAAAACAAGUUUUUCCCAUAUUUUUCCACAAACAAAUCAGAAAAAAUUGUUUUUACACUUUUCACCAAAAAUAAAAUUACUCCCGAUUAGAUUAAUUUGACCGUAGCCACAUUAACGCGUGGUUUUUUCUAAUAUCUAAUAAACAAUUUUCCAAACGUGUUAUGUUAAUUUCCGUACCGUUAUGGGUAUUUUCUUACAGAUUUGAAUCAAACCAAAAAAAAUUCUAGUUAUUUGACAAACAAAACAACAAAAACUAAACAACACUGUAUUGCGAAACACCAAACAAUGUGUAAUUUGUCGGGUAAUUGUUUUCAUUGAUUUUUAAUUUGUGUGAUAAUGAUAACAUUUUGAAAAAACGGAAAUGGGUUCAAAUAAACAAACAAUGCGAAACGACACAAUUACGAUUUUUCCUUUCUUUUACAUGUUUACAUGCAGACUUUUCUCUCAAGUUCAAUUUCCUAUGACGGAGCAGCUUACAUAAGCUUAAGCGAAGAAAAAAGUAACUGCAUUAGAAAGUACUCAUAUAACAAGUGGAUCGAAUUCUUAAAACGAGCAAAUUGUCUCUCAACAUCCAUAUAAAGUCUGACCUUCGAUAAUAAACCCUGCCGGAAUGGAAAAAUUAGGGUCUGUUCAUUUUUAUUUUACUUUUCAAUCUGAGCAACAGGUUCUUUGCCUGAUCACCUCAAAAGUCACCUUGCGCAUUUUUUUACUUUCGCGCGUCUUCAUUUUUUCACUCAGAUCAUUAUUGAAUACGAAAAUCGUUAGACGCAGUAAAUUGACCAAAAUUUCCCAAGAAGUGAGUCAUAAUUAACCAUGAACUGGCCCCCGAUUUCAUUAUCACUGCGAUAAUUUUCCGCAAUGCAUAAGGAUGGGCCGAAACCUGUGAUUUAAAUUUGGGAAUUAAACCAGUGCAACGUAAUUGUUGUUAUUGAACCAGUGAAAGUGAAACAAUGGCACCGGCUUACAAACUGACUUAUUUCGACGCACGGGGCCUUGCUGAAACCUCCCGUUUCCUGAUGACGUACGGAGGAAUUGAUUUCGAAGAUUGCCGGAUCAGAAGAGAAGAGUGGCCUCUUUGGAAACCAAAAUUUCCUUUCGGCCAAGUGCCAGUCCUGGAGCACAGAGGCAAAGUCGUCGGUCAGAGCACUGCAAUCGCUCGCUAUUUGGCCAAACAAGUAAAAUUGGUGGGAAACGAUGAUUUGGAAAAUCUUGAAAUCGACGCUGUGGUGGAAACCAUCAACGAUCUUCGCUUGAAACAUGCGGCGUGGUUUUACGAGCCUGACGAGGCGAAAAAGAGGAUCAUCAUUGAGAAUAUCAAAAAGGACACUUUGCCCUAUUAUCUGCCCCGUUUGGAGGAAAUCGUCACGGGGAAUAAAGGAUUUUUGGCCCUUGGACGGCUCACUUGGGCCGAUUUUUACUGGACGACGGUGUCACAAAUCUUCGAUGUGGUCACCGGGACUGACACCCUUGCCAAUUAUCCGGAACUGAAGGCCGCAAGAGAAAGAGUCAACUCUUUGCCAGCCAUCAGAAGAUGGAUCGAGAUGCGACCCAAGACUGAUUUCUAAUAACUUAUAAUUUAUUCUGUUCAGACAUUAUGAAAAAUAAAUUUAUUACUUUUGUAA